AUGCGCUCACACUCACUUGUUGCGGCUCUGACCGCCGCCGUCGCCGCUCCCGGCUUCCAAGGGGCAACUGUCUUAGCGCGUGUCAUCGAUGAGAGGUCCUCAAACCAGGUCGCUUUCGUCAACGUCUCGGUGUCGACUCUGUGGACCAACCCAAGCAAGCCUCGUCCCGUGGACCAGCCCGCGCUCGAGAGCCCUGUCGACAUUCAGAAGUGGCUGGACUCGAUGACCGUCGACGAGUUCAGAGACUUGACGAGCAGCUCACGGACUCAGACGCAAGCUCUGUACGGCACGAAAGUGUACAUUACCGGAAGAAAUGACACCUGGUGCCAACUCGCCGUCACCGGCCAACCCUCACCAAGCAAUGACCUCGGGUACCCGGGUUGGGUGCCCUGCAGCCAGGUGACGACGGAUGCUGGCAAGUAUGGGCAUCUGCAAGAGACCCGGCCCUUUGCGCUGGUAAAGAAGGGCCCGACCGUCGGUCUGUACCGCGACGCCUCUUUGAAGCACAAGAUCAUGGACGUCUCGUUCGACACCCGUCUGCCGGAGGUCGGCCGGACCGGCAAGGCCAUUCGGGUCGCCGUGCCCGGUGGAUCGGCAUAUCUGUCGAGUAACGACGCCAAGGUCUACAAGAAGGCUUCGGACAUCCCCUACCCCACGGGAGAGGACCUCGUGGAGACCGGAAAGAUCUUCCUCGGGCGCCCCUAUCUGUGGGGUGGCACCUCCGGGUACGCCUUUGACUGCUCCGGCUUCACCCACACCAUCUACGACUCCCACGGCAUCACCAUCGGCCGCGACGCGGGCCCCCAAGCAUACUUUACCGGCCACGGAAAGCCCGUCGAGCGUGAGGACCUUCAGGCGGGCGACCUCAUCUUCUAUGCGUCGAAUCUCACCGAUGCGACGUCCAUCUACCAUGUCGCCAUGUUUGCGGGCGACGGCAACAUGCUGGAGGCGUAUGCAGCGGGGACGCCGACCCGCCUCACCCCUGUGCGCUUCAACGACGACUACUGGGGCGCUGAGCGGUUCCUGCACCACAAGAAUUAG